AUGGCCGAAUCACAGUCAGCCCUUCUGCUCAGGAAACAACUAUCUGAAUUAAAGAGGAACCCAGUCGAAGGCUUCAGUGCCGGUCUUGUCAACGAUGACGAUCUCUACAAGUGGGAAGUCUUGGUGAUUGGUCCACCUGAUUCGUAUUAUGAGGGCGGUUUUUUCAAGGCGACUCUUGAAUUCCCAAAGGAUUACCCACAACGUCCGCCGAAAAUGCGUUUCGUCUCGCAGAUCUGGCACCCAAAUAUUGGAACAGACGGUAAUGUGUGCAUCUCAAUUCUGCACGAGCCUGGCGAUGAUCGUUAUGGAUAUGAGAAAGCUGAGGAGCGGUGGCUGCCCGUGCAUACGGUGGAGACAAUUCUUCUCUCCGUCAUCUCGAUGCUCACCGAUCCCAAUUUUGAGUCACCAGCCAAUAUCGAUGCUGCUAAGCAACAACGUGAUGAUUUGCCUGAAUUCAAGAAACGAGUUGCCCAAUGUGUGCGUCGCAGUCAGGAAGAG